AUGGAGGAUGUGGGUGCCGUCUACACCUUCAUCUGGAACUGUCGCCCUAAACCAGAGCGACAGGACGUGGGCGUCGCCUUUGCCACCCGGAACGACAUCGUGGAUCGACUGCCCUGUCUGCCACAGGGAAUCAACGAUCGCCUGAUGAGCCUCCGCUUGCCUUUCCGAGGAGGCAAAUUCGUCACCAUCGUCAGCAUCUACACUCCCCUCAUAACCAACCCUGACGUUGCAAGGAGCAAAUUCUAAGAGGACCCGCACGCCCUCCUGGCGUCUGUGCCGAAGGCGGAUAAGUUGACUGUCCUUCGUGACUUCAACGCCCGCGUCGGCACAGACCAUGCCGCCUGGAGAGGAGUGCUGGGUCCCCAUGGUCGCGACGACUUCAAUGAAAAUGGCCUACUCCUACGAACCUGCGCAGAACACCGCCUCAUCUUGACCAACACCUUCUUCCGCCUCCCGAUGCGAGAAAAGACCACGUCGACGCACUCUCGGUCACGAAACUGACAUCUUCCAACUCUCUAGUCGCCGCCGCUACCGCUGACGAGAACGCUUCUGUGGAGGACAGAUGGUGUCAACUGAGGGACACAGCUUAGUCCACAGCCCUGGCUGUCCUCGGUCGCACACGUCGCCAACACCAGGACUGGUUCGAUGACAACGAUGCCGCCAUCAGCGACCUGCUUGCUGAGAAGAACUGCCUGCACAAAGCCUACAUCGACCACCUCACCAACGACAACAGAGAUGCUUUCUACCGCAGUCGUCGCCUUGUACAACAGCGACCGCGUGAGAUGCAGGACGCCUGGACGGCUCUCAAGGCCGAGGAGAUCCAAGGACACGCGACCGCGACGAAUGGAAGAACAUCUUCUCCGCGAUCAAAGCUGUCUACGGUCCGCUAGUCAAAGGCACUGCUCCUCUUAGCGCCGACGGCCGUACCCUCCUCACUGAGUUGACCCAAAUUCUACAGCGAUGGGCCGAGCACUUCCGGGGCAUCCUCAACCGCCCCUCCACCAUCUCUGACGCCGCCAUCGCCCGUCUGCCGCAAGUAGAGACCAACGCGGACCUCGAUUUCCCGCCCCCUCUCCAUGAAACCACCAAACCCGUGCAGCAGCUCCCCAGUAGGAAAGCGCCCGGAUCGGACGCGAUCCCUGCUGAGAUCUGCAAGCACGGUGACCCCAAACUUAUGGCUCAACUCACUGUGCUCUUCCAGGAGCUGUGGCGUCAAGAAGUCCAACAUAAUUUCAGGGAGGUCCCAAUAAUUCAUCGCUGCAAGCGGAAAGGGAACCGCCAACUCUGUGACAACCACAGAGGCGGUUCCCUCCUCAACAUCGCCGGACUGAUCUUCGCUCGCAUCCUUGUCAACCACCGCAACAAUCAUCUGGAACAGGGUCUCCAACCAGAAUGCUAG